AUGCCUUCGGUUGGGCAUCAGAAUCAGAUUGGUCAUCAAGCGGGAUACCCAAAACCGGACCAAUCACAAUCAUCAUAUCCAUCGCUUCAAGCACUUGCAGCUAUACAACAUGCAUCGAAGAUUCCGAAAUGGAUUACUGAUAGCCUUCAAUGCUUCGCAGUAUCCAGCGAGAGGGGAGUUGCAGCCAGACAAGAUCAGUUACUAAAUAGUCUCAAAAGGGUCGCAGAUGAGCUUCACAACCAUCAGGCAAAUGAUGAUGAUGAUUGGAAGUCCGUUAUUGAAUUGAAUAUGAGCAGUGAUCAGACCGAUAGAAGCCAUCAAGUGAAAGCUCUUUAUCAAGUUGUCACUAAACAUGGAGUCUGCAGCUGUGAACCAAAAUCCCAACGUCCCAUGCCUACAUAUCUUGGCUUAAACGAGAAAAAACUAUUCGUUCAUGUUGAGGAGCACGUUACUCCAUUUAAACUCUUUUUCAGGGGACAUUCGCCCGAUAUUCAUAUCAACGGACCAGUUGCACUAUUUCGAGAAACGGUCAUACGGAUCAAAAAACGCUCGAAGGCUACAUUCUCAGAUAAACCAGAAAUCCCACCACCAAAAAGAGACUUCCUUGAGAUCCAAGACAACCUUUGCAGCAUAAUUUCAAGAGCCAGCUCGCUGCUUCCUCUUUAUUUUUAUAUUCAAGAUGACAAACUACAGCUUGAAGGACCCAAGGGGCAGUCAAAACACUGGAUUGGAGACUCCCACAUUUCCCUGACCGAGCUCUUGGGCAUAAAAGGAUUCUUCACAUCGAGAAAGAAAAGACUUCAUCUAUCACACCUCGCAGCAAAGGCUGCGUGGGAAUGCUACGAUUCUGGAUGGAUGAAGAACGGGUUAGACCGACAUGAUGUUCACUUUAUGCUAGAAAAAAGCGACUGCGGCAGGCAUAAACAAUUAUCUUCAGAUGAACCUUUCCUAACUGCAAGUUUCAUCAGCCAUGACAAAGAUGAAAGUGGAUGGACUGACCCAAUUGCUGAAAGCUUGAAUAUUCAUAAAUGUCCAAAGAUUCUAGCAGUCGGGAUUUUGCUGCUCGAAAUCGAACUGGGUCGUGGUAUCGAUGAAUAUAGACAUCUUAUCCUCGAGGGAGACCAGACUCCUGACAUCAAUACAGAUUAUAUGACUGCAGUUAAUGUGAUAGACAGAAUGUCGGAAGAAUGGGAGGAGCGAGGAACGACUUCUCAGCAUAAAGCCAUCAUCAAGGCGUGUUUUAACCAAGACGUUCUACGAGGUUGUGAAGAUGUCGAUUCUCAGCGGGCAGCUCUUUUGACGGAGAUUGUUGUGCCUCUUGAGUCGCUAUUCAGAUCCCAAUGGGAAGGAGAGGAGUCUCAGAUUCUACCGAUCAUUUACAAAGACAUACCAGAUUCCUUGCAUACUACCGAAGGCCGUGGGCCUGUUGCACAGCUGUUUUCAAACAUCGAAGAAUCGGUGCCAGAGCCAUUAGAAAUUGAUACUAUGGGAACUACUAUGACAGUCUCCGAUGCAAGUUCACCCUCGGACAAAUGGCUUGAAAGGAUUGACAAAGAAUUUUGUUCUCUUCUGCGCGCAAAGUCAAAAGCAGAUCGCAAGUCUUAUGCGCCGGUCAAAAUUGCAGUCCUCGAUACUGGAAUUCAUCCUCAACAUUACAACGUCAGCAAUAUUACCGAUUAUAAAGACUUCGUCAAUCCUUUGGGUCAAGGUAAAUCAGACUUAACUGGUCAUGGUUCAAUUGGAGUCAGUCUAACCUAUAAACUACUCCCUAAUGCCCAAGUAUACGUUGGUAGAGUCUUUGAAACUUCACAAGCGAACAACAAUACGCCAGUCUUUUUAGCUCAGGCAAUUCGACAUGCCAAGGAUGUUUGGGGCGUGGAUAUUAUUACAAUUGCAUCUGGCUUUGAAGAUUCUUAUGCAUGUAUCCGCGACGAAAUCAUCUCGGAGUCAUCGAAUCCACCGCUUAUAUUCUCUGCUGCGUCAAAUGACGGGAAUAUGGGACCUAUCGCAUUUCCUGCCUCCAUGCGUCAAUGCGUGAUGUGUAUGUUCGCCAGUAACGGACAUGCCAAACCGACACAACUAUCCAUCAACCCAUCUGCACGAGAGAGCGGGGGCUCUAACUUCGCCAUUCUUGGAGAAGACGUGGAAGUGCGAUUUUGUGAUUCAGUUCAACCUCGUCGGCACAGUGGUACUUCGAUUGCAACAUUCAUUGGAGCAGCCAUUGCGGGUGUCUUGCUUGAUUUUUCUAAGCAGCCUUUUGGUCAACAAGUCGUCAACCCGUAUCAUUUGAAAAGAAUCGGGGGCAUGUCUGCUGUAUUUAAGAAAAUGUCUGUCGAAGACAAUGGCUACAACUGCAUUGCACCAUGGUCCUUAUUUCGCAGUAUCUCUAUUCCUACCACGUCAUGCGUUAAUUCUGAAGACCGACGAAUUAUACGACGCGAUGAACUGUGCAAAAAUAUUUCGAAUUUCCUCAUAGAUGCUGGGUUGUGA